GAGCAGCAAAUAAUUAAUUAAAGACUAAAUUAAUCACGAAUCACGAUGUUGUCUAGAGUGCAAUUGAAUACUUCUUCUCUUCGUUUGACAUCACCAUCAUCAGAUUCAGACCGGAGAUUUUCUUAUACAGUUUCGGUAGUAAAAUCGAAACUGGCUUUCAAUUUUUCGAGACGAUGGAGAGAAUAAACACGAAAUGGGUAGCAGCAGCAGCGAGCAUAUGGAUUCAAAGCUUUAGCGGAGCUACAUACACAUUCGCUAUCUACUCUUCAAUCCUCAAAUCAUCUCAAUCUUAUGACCAAUCUACUCUUGAUUUCGUUUCUGUCUUUAAAGACAUUGGUGGUACCUUUGGUAUCAUCUCCGGUUUCCUUUACACGGCCAUGACUUCUAAGUCACGCGGCGGUUGUGGUGGGCCUUGGGUUGUUGUUUUCGUUGGCUUAGUUCAGUGGUUUGUCGGAUUCUUUUUUAUUUGGGCUUCGGUUGUUGGGUUGAUUGCUCCGCCGCCUGUUCCGGUGAUGUGUUUGUUCGUGUUCUUGGCUGGUCACUCGUUGCCGUUUUUCAAUACGGCUAAUGUUGUGACGGCUGCUCGGAACUUCUCUCGUUAUGGUGGGACUGCUGUUGGCAUUAUGCAGGGAUUUCUAGGUCUAAGUGGAGCAAUUCUGAUUCAGUUGUACCACGCGGUCUGCGGUGGUGAAGGUAACCCUGCUACUUUCAUUCUUCUCCUGGCCAUAGCGCCAACGCUUGUCAUGUUCGUGACUAUGCCUUUUGUAAGAGUUUAUGAAACGGUCACAACGAGUGACAAGAAACACUUGGAUGGUCUCUCUGUGAUCUCUUUGAUCAUUGCCGCCUAUCUUAUGGUCAUUAUAACGGUUGAAAACGUUCUCGGUUUAUCACGCUCCAUGCAGAUUUUCUCCUUCAUCCUUCUGCUUUUGUUGCUUGCCUCUCCUCUUUUUGUUGCGGUCAGAGCCCUACGAGAAGAAAGGCAGACACUUUCUUCUCUGGAUCUUCCUGUUCUCGACACAUCUGCCUUGCUCGACCCUCCUAGUUCAAUCAUUUUUCCCGAUGGAGAUCAUGUGGUUGCUGAAGACUCAAACUUACUGGAAGCAAUGAGCACAGUGAACUUCUGGCUACUCUUCUUGGCAAUGCUAUGUGGGAUGGGUUCCGGAUUCGCGACUGUAAACAACAUGAGACAGAUAGGCGAGUCUCUUCGCUACUCUUCGGUUCAACUCAAUUCUCUGGUCUCUCUCUGGAGCAUAUGGAACUUUCUAGGCCGGUUCGGGGCUGGUUAUGUCUCAGACAUAUUCUUACACAAAUACAGCUGGCCAAGACCGGUCUUCAUGGCCAUAACUCUAGGUGUUAUGGCAAUAGGCCACAUCAUAGUGGCCUCUGGUUUACAAGGCAGUCUCUAUGCUGGUUCGGUUUUGAUCGGUAUGGCUUACGGUUCGCAGUGGUCGCUGAUGCCGACAAUCACAUCAGAGAUAUUUGGGAUCCGGCAUAUGGGAACGAUUUACUUCACGAUAUCGAUUGCAGGUCCCAUCGGGUCGUAUAUUCUCUCUGUGAAAGUGAUAGGUUACUUCUACGACAAAGUGGCUUCUGAAGAUGACAAUUCUUGCUUUGGAAGUCAAUGUUUCAGGACAUCGUUUAUGAUCAUGACUUCUGUGGCUCUCUUCGGCUCUUUGGUUGCUUCUGUAUUGUUCUUCCGCACAAGCAAGUUUUACAAAAACCUUGUAGCCAAGAGGAACUUGAAGUGAGCUUGUAAAUUGUAUCUACUUGUGAUUUGAAGUAUGAAGCGUGAUUAGUAAGCGUCUCA